CGGGAAGCGGGCGCCCGGCGACGGGGCCCUGAUGGACCGCCACCUCCUCUUCGUGAGCUGGCGAGGCCGGCGAGGGGAGGCCGGAGCCGAAGGCCGCCCAGGUUUGACUGCUGAAAGUAUUUAUAACUUAUUAGAAACAAACUGCAGUACCUCACUAAACACAAAAGUUGAAGAUUUCCCAGCAUGUUCACUUGUUGGGACUCCAGGUGUGAAAGGAUGGUAUUUUGCAAUUCAGUCAAUAUGUGGGUUUUCUCAGUUUUGCAGUUGUGACUGGGAGGACAUCAAUUUUGACCUGGAGGCGGAUGAAAGCAAAAUCUCUAUUCAAAGAAAUAUCAAAGCGUGCCUUGGCGAUUUUCAAAGUUUUGAGGAUGACGACAGUAAUAGCCGGGAAUCCCUAUCCCUGAUUGAUCUCUAUGAAGAGUCUGCAGAGAGUAUACAUCUGUUAGCAGAUAAACUUCCUGCUCCUGGAAGAACAAUGGUUGAUGUCAUAUUGCAUUCUUCAGAAAGAGAUGCCCCUAGAUUAAAAGAUUGCUUACCUGCCAUUGGUGCCUUGAAACACCUACGAGAAUGGCAUGGAGCAAAAAUAACUAUUGUAGCAAGUGAAAGCAAAAUUUGGCAGAAAAUCGCAUGCUAUCUUUCUGCAGAUAUUGUGGCUCCCGAGAAUCUGAAAAACAGCAUUGAUUCCAGAGACUUGUGGAGAGGAAAGAUUCAGAUAUGGGAGCGAAAGUUUGGAUCUGAAAUUACUUUUCCAGACUUCUGUAUAAAAGGCACCGCAUCAGGAAGGCAGCUCGGCACCUCUACUUUAAAUUCUUACUUUACUGCCGAUGAAACUGGACGUAGGCAGAAUACUAAUGCUUGUUUGUCGGAGGUUUUCCAUUAUUAUUGCCCUGCCUUGAAAUUCGUACAGAUAGUGAUGCUGUCACAUCUGCCUUCAUCUUUAGUGUCGGGUCUUCAGUUUGAGCUGAGCUUGGCAAGAACUGAUGUUGAGGAGAAAUCUCUGCUAUUUUGGAAUCAGAUUUCUUCUCUGCGUGGAAAGGUAGGAGCCUUAUUUUUAUUGCCUUGCAGAGUAAGCAGCAUGUUGGUUCCUUUACCCGCGCAGCUGAGCUCAAAAAAAUGGAAGGAAUAUAUAGCCCAGAAACCCAGGCUCAUUAAUGUUCCAGAAGUUGAACUGAAAGGAGAAACGUGCAACUAUUAUUUCUUGGUACAAGGCAACGGCUGUGGAGGUUGCAAAGCAACAUUGAUCUAUUCAGCCAGUCAGAUCAAUGGAUCACUCACUCUUGCAAAAACAACCGGAAAAUUUAACACAAAGACAGGAGAAAGUGAAGCAUGUUUGUUUGAAGAAUUCAUCAGAUCUCUCCCACAUUUCUGCGGAGAACAGAUUUUACAGAGAGAGAAGAAAUUGGCUCGUGCCCAAGCAUUGGCUUUGAAUCACUGCCGGAAAAGGCAGGAAUCUGCCAGACAGCUCCCGGUGGUUUCAAGCGAUGAACUGAAAACCUUGCUGACAUGUACCAGAGAACAUUAUUUGGAGUUGUGGAGCACCAGCCAGCUAAAUCGUCCUGUAGCACCUGUCAAAGCCAAAGUCCAGGAUACAGCUUGUGAGCUGAAAGAUUCAAAUCCUUUGAAGUGGCCAGAAAGAAAUGUCCUGCAGAACUUGGAAAGCACUGAAAAAAUUAAACGAAAAGCCAGGGUUUCUGAAUUACUUGCCCGUAAAGAAGGCCAAAAGGGCCCUGCGAUAUCACUUGAUGCCAAAGAGCUGCUGAAGUAUUUCACCCCAGAAGGCCUGCCCAUUGGGGAUCUGCAGCCUUUACACGUUCAAAAGAGUGAAAAUACUUUCCUUCUGACGCCAGAACUGACUCCUCGAAAACUCAGAAGCUUGCCCUUUGAAAAGGCUGCCGGCUGCCAUUAUCACGGUCUCGAAUACUGCCUGGACAACAGGAGAGCUUUGGAGAGAGACGUGGCGUUUGCUGAACUUCAGACUCGCCUUAUCCGUUACGAAACGCAGACCACCUGCACAAAGGAGUCCUGUCCCGUGCCCUGUACAUUGAGCCCUCUGCCAUCUCCUGCGGUUUUGUCAGAGCCCGGGAGUGUCCCCGAUGGGGAAUCUUUGCAGAGGGAGCUGCAAACAGAGGCAUCUAGGUUGAAACACAGAUCAAAGGACCUGGACAGCUUUCAUCCCAACAAGAGGUUGCGGAAAUCUGAAAGCACAGAUUCUCUCUUGUCCCAGGCAAGCGGAAGCAGCGGGAGUCGCCAUUCAGGAGUUGUCACAAGGCAAUGCCAGGAGAUUUCAGUCUCUCUGCCUUCGGUAGCUGUGAAACAGUCUCACAGUCGGAUGCAUAAAGCAGCCCUAAAGAGCAGCUCAGCAAGCCAGAGGUGUGGGGGAAAGGCAGAAACAUUGAAGCCCACAAGGGAAUCGAGAUCUCAGAAGCAUACACGGAUGCUGAAGGAGGUGGUGGCGAAAACCCUCAAGGAGCACGGCAUUGCUGAAGAUCACAAAUGCUUUGCGGCGUGCAGCCAGCGUCUCUUUGAGAUAUCCAAGUAUUAUCUAAAGGAUCUGAAAACAUCUAGGGGACUAUUUGAUGAAAUGAAGAAAGCUGCAACCAGCAAUGUUAAACAGGUCAUUGAAUGGGUUUUAGACAAGAGCAAGGAGAAAUGACAUGUGCUAAAACCAUUGCUAUUCCAGGAUGGCAAUUUUGAGCAAGCACAGCACAUUAAAAGGACAGCGUGGGAGUGCCUUGUUACAUUGUGGAAGUCCCUAAAACCAGUGAUUCCUGCAGUGUAAUACCCUGAAAUAUCUCUGACAUUUAAAAAAUGGCUUUGAAUUGAGCCUUAUGUGUAUAUAUCUCUCUCUGUGUAUAUAUAUAUAUAUAUACA